AUGUCAAAGUCUUUAGGUGCUGCAUUGGUUAUCGGAGCAGGUGGGGGGGAUGGCAGGGCAGUGGCUAUGCAAUUAGCCCAGGAAGGCUGGUCAAAAUUAGUACUUGGGGACCAGAACGAGACCUUAUUAGCAGAAGUCGCCAAAGAGUGUCAGAGGUUAGGGGGUGAUCGGGUCAAAAUCUGUACAGGCAUUUGUGAUGCCGGCAACCCUUCUGACCUCGACCAGCUUAUUGAACGUGGAAUUGAACAGUUUGGAGAAAUCAAUCAUUGUGCAAACUGUUUGCGAGUUGAGCCAACAAAUAUGGCAUUUGGGGACAAGACGCGUGAAGACUUUGCCCGCCUCAACGACGCCUGGCAGAGAAAGGUUUGGCUGGCCAUGCGAGCUGAGGUCCGUUUAUUCCUGGCUCAGGCUGCACGAGGAAGCACUGGUGAUUGCAGUAUUGUCAAUGUCGCGGCUGCCCAGGGCCUGGCAAGUGAACGAGGGUUCCCUCAGUAUUGUGCAGCUGCACAUGGCAUCGUGGGCAUGAGCCGGGCCACUGCGAUGGACUAUGUGCAGAAAGGGUUUCGCAUCAACUGUGUGUGUCCUGGACCGUCGGGAGAAGAUCUCAGCUCUUCAGCCGAUCAUCAGCCAUCGCGGCCGGUCUCUCUGCCAGUGCCGCCGAGUGGGCGAUAUAUCACGUCAGAUGCAGUGGCAUCCGCAGUGGUGUUUCUUCUUUCGCCCAAGGCUGCUUCUAUCACGGGUAUUGAGCUACCAGUGGACGGAGGCUGGUCGCUGUAUCACCAUUAG